GUGCUCCAGAAAGUGAGAGGUAAUAUAAUGUAGAGAACAUACAGAAGAGAUUCGGACGCAGCACUGAUCUUGAUAAAAUGAAAUCAGGGUCUGAAAGUGAUUCUUCAAAUGCAUCAAAGCAUUCUCACAAAAAACACAAAAUGUAUUUUCAGUCAUCAGAUGACCAACCUUUGAAACACAUGAAAUAUUCUAAAAAGUAUGAUAGUAAAGAUAGAAAGCAAAAAGCUUCAAAAUCAGAUAAAUAUGACAAAUAUCCUGAAACUUGUAGCCGAUCAAGCUCUACAAAUGUUUCAUCCAAUAAAAUAUAUGAUGAGGGUUCAAAAACGAAGUUAUCAAAAUUUUCAAAUGAUUCUUCAAGGUCACCCUCCCCUAUGAGAAAUCCAAAAAAUAAACAUCACUCAAAAUCACCAAUUUCAAGAAAAAAGGAUAGAAAUGCUCGUUCAAUUUCAAGAUCCCCAUCAUUCAAGAGGCAUUCUGAAUUCAGAAAGGAAUCAGUCUCUCCUAAGAAAGAUACUCAUAGAAAAAAACGUGGUUCUUCAAGGUCACCUUCGCUGCAAAAAAGGUCAAAACCCCGACAUGAUGAUCCACCCUCUCCUGAAAGAAAAACAAAAAGAAAAGGUCAUGUUCACUCUUCACCUGAAACAAGCUCAAAAUAUAGGCAAAAAAGAACUUCAUCUCCUUGGAAAGAACCAACAGAAAAAGAUUAUAUAAAAUCCGUUUCAUCCAAAAACUCAAAAAUGAGGCGUGAUAUUUUAGGAUCUCCUGGUCAUGACUCAGAAAAAUCGACAUCAAAGAAGACCCAUAGACAUCGCAGCCGUUCAAGGUCAUUAUCUUAUGAGCGAUCAGAAAAAAAGAUCUCUAAAAGAAAAUCCAGUAGUUCGAGUUCGCCUUCCCCAUCGAGAAAUGUUCAUAGAAAAAGUGACAGUCUUCAAACUUUGCCUGUUUCUAAAGUUCAAAAGCAACAUAAAAAGCAUCUUAAAGAUACGAACCAUUCUUAUUCAGAUUCUGAUGAAGAAUCUUAUAAUUGUUCAAGUUCUCAUAAGAAAAAUGCAGGCUCCAGCCAUUACAAGGAUUCAUAUCACUCAUCAGAACGCACAAUGAAUGGCUAUGAAGGUCGCCAAGAUGGCUUUGUCAAACACUGGAAAAAGAGAGCAAUGCAAGAAGAUUUCACUGAUAGGAGGCGUGAAGAAAGAAAAAAAAUUGGUGAAAAAGGAGUGCCUUCUGUAUGGGCUACUUCUCCGGAGAAAAUAUCUGAUACUGAUGAAAAUGACACAGAAGACUUAGAAUCCACAAAAGAAAAAACAAGUGGAAAAAAGAAACACAAGAAGAAGAAAAUGAAGAAAGAAAAGAAAAAGAAGAAAGAAAAAGCCAAAAAGAGGCGAAAGAAAAAGGAAGUGGAAACUUCAUCAAGUGAUGAGUCAGAUGAUGUAAAAGAAUUUGAGACUUGGGUUGAAAAGAAAAAAAAAGAUGAUGAAGAAGAAAUUCCUGGGCCAUUACCAAAAACACAUGUUCAGUUAUCUGCCAAAGACUAUGGCAAAGCUCUGCUACCAGGUGAAGGAGCAGCUAUGGCAGCAUAUGUUGCAGAAGGCAAAAGAAUACCUAGAAGAGGUGAAAUAGGAUUGACCAGUGACCAAAUCGAGGCAUUUGAAGCGGUUGGCUAUGUUAUGAGUGGAAGCAGACAUCGUCGAAUGGAAGCUGUUAGAUUGAGAAAAGAAAACCAGAUCUAUAGUGCUGAUGAAAAGAGAGCUCUGGCUAUGUUCAACAGAGAAGAGCGGCAAAAGAGGGAAACUAAGAUUCUGUCUCAGUUUAAAGAAAUGAUUAAAGCUGCUAAUACAUAAUUAUUUUACCUGAAUUGUAGAAUGCUUGUAAAUAGAAUUUAUAUCCAGAAAUGUUUUACAGCCUUUAGCAUCUUGUAAUAAAACAUUUUUUCUUUUUGAA